GGAAAGUGUGCAGCGUGACUCAGUGCUGUAGCUGUACGAGUGCAGUUUCGGACUUGGAGGUUUUCCCAGCGCAGGCGGGUGGCAGAAGGGAGACAGGAAGAGGAGGGGAAGCAGGAGAAGGCACAGCGAAGAGUUAACGAGAGAGAGAGAGAAGCGAAGGGCCCUCUUCCUUAGUCACCUCCUCCACUCCCACCUGCUGAUGCCUGCGAGAGGGGUAGCAUGGCAACAGUGUGGGAGCUGUCAAACGCGAUCCUCCCCUGCCUGCAGGACUGCACACAUCGCCGCCACAGCUCGCUGCCUCCAUUACAGGCAAUGGAGGAUUCGGCCGCGCCGCCGGGCCCGCGCCGCCCGGGCUGUCCCGCUUCCUAGCCCCGCUCUCCUGCUGCCCCCCGGGGGCCGGGUGCUGAUGGGCAUGGGUGAUGCUGUGGCACAGAGCAGCUCGCGGGGCAAGACAAAGCCGUGGGACGGCGGGACGGCCUAUCACGACGAGGGGCACGUCAAGGAGAUUGCCAUCACCCACCACGUCAAGGAGGGCCACGAGAAGGCCGACCCGCGGCAGUUUGAGCUGAGGAAGGUGCUGGGCCAAGGCUCUUUCGGGAAGGUAUUCCUUGUGAAGAAGAUCACGGGCCCUGAUGCUGGACAGCUUUAUGCUAUGAAGGUGCUUAAGAAGGCAACACUUAAAGUCAGAGAUCGCGUUCGAACAAAAAUGGAACGCGACAUCCUGGUGGAGGUGAAUCACCCCUUCAUCGUGAAGCUGCAUUAUGCGUUCCAGACAGAAGGGAAGCUCUAUCUCAUUCUGGACUUUCUCAGGGGAGGAGAUCUGUUCACCCGCCUGUCUAAAGAGGUGAUGUUCACGGAAGAGGAUGUCAAGUUCUAUCUGGCAGAGCUGGCCCUCGCCCUGGACCACUUACACAGCCUGGGCAUCAUCUACAGAGACCUCAAGCCAGAGAACAUUUUGCUCGAUGAAGAAGGGCAUAUAAAAUUAACAGAUUUUGGCCUGAGCAAGGAGUCGAUUGAUCACGAGAACAAGGCCUACUCGUUCUGUGGCACGGUGGAGUACAUGGCCCCCGAGGUGGUGAACCGGCGGGGGCACACCCACAGCGCGGACUGGUGGUCGUUCGGCGUGCUCAUGUUCGAGAUGCUGACUGGGACCUUGCCCUUCCAAGGAAAGGACCGGAAGGAGACGAUGACCAUGAUUUUAAAAGCCAAGCUGGGAAUGCCACAGUUCCUGAGCUCCGAAGCUCAGAGCCUCCUCCGGAUGCUGUUCAAGCGGAACCCAGGGAACAGGCUAGGUGCUGGGCCAGAUGGCGUGGAAGAAAUAAAGAGGCAUGCGUUUUUCUCCACGAUCGAUUGGAACAAGCUCUUCAGAAGAGAAAUCCAUCCUCCCUUUAAACCAGCCUCUGGUCGGCCAGAUGACACCUUCUACUUUGAUCCCGAGUUCACAGCCAAAACACCUAAAGACUCCCCCGGCGUGCCCCCCAGCGCCAACGCCCACCAGCUCUUCAGGGGCUUCAGUUUUGUUGCCAUCACCGCUGAGGAGGAGAGCCAGCCUCUGCCCACCGCCGGCGUGAACUCCAUUGUCCAGCAGCUGCACAGAAACAGCAUACAGUUCACGGACAACUACGAGGUGAAAGAGGACAUCGGGGUGGGCUCGUACUCCAUCUGCAAGCGCUGCAUUCAGAAGUCCACCAACAUGGAAUACGCAGUCAAGAUCAUCAGCAAGGCCAAGAGGGACCCGACAGAGGAGGUGGAGAUCCUGCUGCGGUACGGACAGCACCCCAAUAUCAUCACUCUGAAGGAUGUGUAUGACGACGGCCGCUCUGUGUAUCUGGUGACUGAGCUGAUGAAAGGAGGGGAGCUCCUGGACAAGAUCCUGAGGCAGAAGUUCUUCUCGGAAAGAGAGGCCAGCGCUGUUCUCUACACCAUCACCAGAACGGUGGAAUACCUUCAUGUUCAAGGGGUGGUGCACAGGGACCUGAAGCCCAGCAACAUCCUGUACGUGGACGAGUCUGGGAACCCCGAGUCCAUCCGCAUCUGCGACUUCGGGUUCGCCAAGCAGCUCAGGGCGGAGAACGGGCUGCUCAUGACGCCCUGCUACACCGCCAACUUCGUGGCUCCCGAGGUUUUAAAGAAACAAGGCUAUGAUGCAGCGUGUGACAUCUGGAGUCUAGGAGUGCUGCUAUACACUAUGCUUACAGGGUUCACUCCGUUUGCAAACGGGCCUGACGACACUCCAGAGGAGAUCCUGGCUCGAAUCGGCAGUGGGAAGUUCUCUCUUUCCGGGGGAUAUUGGAAUUCUGUCUCCACAGAGGCAAAGGACCUGGUGUCCAAGAUGCUCCAUGUGGAUCCACACCAGCGCCUGACCGCUGCCCAGGUGCUGCGGCACCCCUGGAUCAUCCACAGAGACCAGCUGCCCCAGUACCAGCUCAACCGGCAGGACGCGCCUCACCUGGUGAAGGGAGCAAUGGCGGCAACAUACUCCGCUCUGAACCGGAACCCCCUGUCUCCAGUGCUGGAGCCAGUGGGCUGCUCUACCCUAGCCCAGAGGAGGGGCAUCAAGAAGCUGACCUCAACAGCCCUGUGACCUCACCAAGUCCCCCAGACAACCUUUGACCCCGAGCCAGCUGGGGCACCCUGCUCCCACAGCCGACCUCUAGGCCCCCACCGGACCCCUGCUACAUAACGAGCUCCGUGGCCCUGCCACGAUCUCCUCAACGCCAAAUACGAGCGUGGAAUCGGAAGCUGAGUCUUUCCCCACGAACAAAGAUAUUAACUGUACAUCCGCUCAAUGGGAUAUCAAAUAUUUAGCUUGUACAAUCAUUGCUGCCUCUAAACUGAAAACUGUUGCGCACCCAUUUAAAGUUUUCUUUUAUAUGGGGAGUAAAUGUACUGUAUAGUAAACUUCUUGAUUUUUUUUGAGCAAUUAGAAAUAUUUACAUGCAAAAAUCUGAAUAUAUAUAUACUCUACGAGAUUUAUAAGUAUGUAUUAGAUUCAAGAUUUAUAGCUUUUGUCUUACUGAGCUACAGUUGAUUCACUGUAUUAUGAGUAAGGACUUUGCUGCAGUAGGACAGCAGUCUAAUGUAGUGAUCUGCUCAGCUGUGACAUGUCAAGUGGUCACCUUGCUAAAGCUGAAGACGCCCCUGCAGGAGCUGGUCUGCUCACCUUAAUCGGAAUCCUGCAGGACGCUGGAGAAUGAACUGGGAUAAAACAGCGUUCAAUGAGGAAACGUUCUGAGAAUAUUACACUAACAGCCACAGCCAACAGUUCUGCAUUUUUGCAAAGGGACAAACGUUUGCUCACCCAGUCUUCUGCCCGGACCCUGGCCGCAGGGUGUCUGUCACAGCGCAGACGAAGCAGAGAUUGGUGUUGGGUCUCGGCUCAUCCUACACGCUGUCAUUUUUCCCCGCUUCUUUAUUUUUCACAUUGCUCAUUUGAACAACAGAGAGGGUGGUGUCCUCGACGGGGCGGGAUGCUGGUUAACAUUACAGAUAAUCUCAGGAAGAACUUCUUCUGUUCGGUCUUCGUUCCCCCCCCUCUGACCCAGUGUACGCACGAGGGCAGGGCGCGUCUCGAGACGGGAGGCGCCCCUUCGUGUGUGCUGGUCUGAUCCCCUGCCGCUCUCCUUACCUUCUCUCUUGACAAGGCUUUCAGGCAGAGCACCAGCGAUCCGAGUGCCUGGAAUUGUCCGUACAACUGUCCCCGCCUUCGCUCUGCUUCUCUGAGGUUGCGUAGGGAUUUUCUGCUGGUAAAGACGGCUGCGCGGUUCCAGUAGAUCUUCUGCAACGAGAGACGAAGGGUCUUUAAACGUUAACUUAGUAGACUGAAUCGAGUGAUUGCUCUAAAGCCGAAACCCGCAAGACCCUGCUGCCGAUGAGGAUCACGGUUGUGCACUUACUGUAACUCUUCAGCUGAUGCUAUUGACUGUCAACCCUGAAUCACAGGGUUGAUGCAGUAAAUGCAUUGUGUGACCUGAACCCAGCUUUGCAAGUCCAUCUACGUUUAUGGAAAGAACAAACUUUCUCACGUGAGAUGAGGUGACGGAUGGACAAAAUGCUGUAUUUGGGGGAAAAAAUACAAAUGCACAGAUUUCUUAGGAUGACCACUUAAACCUACUUGAUUGCAUUGAAUAGCAUGGAACUGCUGUAUGUAGAAAAGGAGACAAAGGAGAAAAUGUGAUCAUAUUAGCACCGUCCAGUGUGAGAGAGACCAGUAAAAGAAAAAUUUCAGGUGUUUUCUUUUUUUUUUAUUUGUUUUGCAAAAUUUAAGUGGGAAAUGCAAAAAUUGGUGUGCUUAGAGUUACUGAUGUGUGGGCGUGCACACUGUUCUGAGCUGGGCUGAGAGUACGAGAAUCCAUUACCAAUAUCUGGAACACAAUAACAACUAAAACCACUAUAGCUGGAAGGCUUUCAUUUGGGUAAAAAAUCAAUACCAAAUCUCUUCCUGAAGUCCUUGCAGUAUUAAAGUACUGCACAAAAUGUAUCUGUCAAAUGGGACAAAUGGUCAAAAACCUGAAAUCCUUGAUUAGUGGUUCACCUACAAAAUCAGCAGUGUACCAAAUAAAAUGUACAGACUGAUUAAUAGCCAUUUCUUUUCUUGGAAAUUCAUUCUUCACUGUACCUGUCGAAAUUACUUUGAAUCUGUGUCUUUCCAAGAAAUCAAUGGAGAGGCUGUUGAUACAAGCAUUGGUUGUUUUAUGAUGAUCAAGAAAAACGAUCGGUGGAUUCACAUGAUCUUGCUUGCAGAGAAUGGUUUCGGUGCAGGCUCAUGGUGAUGAAUGAGAGGUUGUUCUACGUGUGUAACCGUCAACACAGCACUUACUUGAUCUUCUCAGCCAUUGACUGCCAGUGCAGAAGUGUCGUAGGGAGAGCAUGCUGGGUAAAGCGCGUGUCAGACAGUUUUCCUCCUGUCUUGCUGUUGUCAGUCGUCUUAAUCUGCCUGUUCGGUCUCUGCUGGCGAGAGGAAACCCGCGUCUAAGCUCUUACUGUACUGGUGUGAGAAGAAGGGCAAGACUCCAGCAGAUAAAGAUCCUGUUAAUCUGUAUUUUAGCUUUAUCUUGUUAGCACAAUUUAAAAGGGACAUGUAAAGAUGAGGGAUGUAAUUAUUUAAAAAAUACUUUGAAUCAAAUUUUUAAAGGAAAACAAAAAAAAAGGAAUCAGAUGUAUUAUUUUUAUAUACUUGUAUGAAAUCACACUUUCUACUAGUUUUCUUGUGCAUGGCUUGUGAGGUCAGUGUGUAUAUGACUUGGGUAUUCACCCUACAUCAAGGUGUUUAUUAUUUUUGAUUUCUGGGGUGGGAGCUUGUGCAGCACACUCUGCGUUUGUCACAGUUUCUUUAGGAAACAAGCUGAUUUUUUGGGAAAUGCCAUCUUGCUUUACAUGAGAGCUGACUGCUGGGUUGCUUCAAGUCUUAAAGUGUCAGAUGUUAAAUUUCUGUCCUCAGUUUAUGAAAAGCACUGGAAACCUUUAUCUGCUUGUAUAUCUCAAACAGCGAGGCGGGCUUUUUUUUGUAAUCUUUGAAAAAGAAAUAAAUUUCUAUGAAAAAUAAACAAUUCCCAUAUAUAA